AUGGACGCAUACACGCAAUAUACUGUGCCAAGUGCCUUCCUCCAACUGCCACGGGAGAUACGCGACCAUAUCUAUGAGUUAUCCGAGCUUGUGCCCUCGAGGUGUGAGCUAGAUAUUUGCGAGCCAGUUGGCAGUCUACCAUGGGCUGCAGCAUAUCCAACAUCUCCUCUCUUCGAAGUCUGUCUCCAAGUUCAAGCCGAGGUCCUCGAGUUGUUCCACAGCCAAAACCAUUUCAGGUUCUGGCUUGGACGGAACAGGUGGUGUGGGAGCCAAUAUAUGUUUGGCUCUUUCAACUCCACAUUCACUGAAGCGCAAUUCAAAUCGGCAGACCUCCCUUCUCUCAAGGGCAUCAAGCAACUCUAUCUGAACUUCUAUAAAGGCAUCGGACCAGGCCAAAUAAUUGCGUCGGAACUGGCUGCAUCAGCCAGUCUGGUAGAGAGAACCACAAUCUGCCUCAACAGACAUAGCCAGGAUCCGGCUUCUGACCAGUUUCAGACUGCUCUUCUGAGAUUCGUGAGAGACAUCCAGGAGCAAGUCCCUUUGGUGCAUACAAUCAGGCUCGCUCACCCCAUUGCCAAAGAGCUUGCUCAGAGAAUAGCUAAAGAGACUUCGUUGCAAAUCGAGGCCAUCUGUGCGAGAGAGACUCAUGACGAAUGUGACCGCAAGCUUCCAUUGUCACCAGAAACUUUUUGCGGCUCAGCUAGGUCUCAGAAAACCCAAGAAAGUGAUUCAGACAACACAGCAUUCUAA